GCUGUUCAUUUUAGCUUCAGUUUGAACAGUUUUAAAAGAGUGGACGUUAAUUCUCAGUUUGUUCCACGUCACAGGUGAAGCAGGUGACGUUACACAGGAGGAGUGAUGGAGGAAAAGAGACAAACAAGGAUGGAGUUUUGACGACUGAGACUGUGUGCAGCUGUGUGCGGCAGCUCGGGUGCUUUGUGAGCAGCGUCGGACUCCAUCACAUGCCACUACAGAAUCGAAAUCUCACUGAUGUAUCAAUUUUAUGCAAAUACACUCAUCUUCACAAACUGGAACUACAGAACAACAAGGUCAAAGACUUAUCCUGUGUCAGCCACAUGCCCGCUCUUGCCAUUCUGGACGCUUCCCACAAUGAAAUCUCGGAGUUCUUUGGAUUCCAGGCUCCUAAAAACCUGAAGGUGGUGAACUUUUCCCACAACCGCAUGACCAAAAUGAGGGAUCUAUCUGAGUUUUCAUCUUUAUCUAAACUCACUUUGGACAAUAAUAACUUCAGCGAGAUUUGUGGACUGGAACCCUGCGUGAAACUCACCCAUCUAAGUCUGGCCAACAACAAGAUCUCACGAAUCAGCUCUGUGGACAAAGCGCCGUUGAUUCAGCUCAACCUGAGCGGGAACAAGUUGACGAGGAUUGAAGGACUUGAAAAUCAGCUGAAUCUGCAGGUACUGGACCUGUCUCACAACCAGAUCUCCAGUCUCAACGGUCUGCAAAACAUCCACGUGCUCUGCCUCCUCAACCUGCAGAAAAACAUGAUAAGUGAAAUCCAGGAGUGCAAGCACAUACGUAAUCUUUUACUUCUAAGAGACCUGAACUUACUGGAAAACCCUGUGCAGGACCAACCAGACUAUAGACUGUCUGUCGUCUUCUUACUUCAACAUCUGACUGCUCUGGAUCAGGAAAAUGUUUCACCAGAAGAGAAGGUUUCCGCGGUGAACAAGUAUGACCCUCCUCUGGAGCUGUUAGCCGCCCGAGACCACAUGAAGCACCUGGUUUAUCAGAUGAUGCAGCCACAGCUCCUCUACGACAGUACUCUCCCCGGUGUGGACAGUCCGUACCCGAUGCUGGUGCUGACCGGACCUCAGUGUUGUGGGAAGAGGGAGCUGGCUCAUCGACUCUGCCAGGAGCUCUGUGAAUACUUCGCCUACGGAAUCUGCCACACCACUAGGGGCGCCUACUUUGGAGAAGAGGAUGGAGUCGACUACCAUUUUGUCACAGAGGAAGACUUUCAAAACAUGAUUCUUAUGGGUAAGUUUAUUCAGACGGUUGAAUACGCGGGACGCAGGUACGGCCUCAGCAGGGACGCGGUGGAGGAGGUGGCCAGAGAAGGAUUGGCCUGCUGCGUGCACAUGGAGCUGGAGGGCGUCUUAAGCCUGAAAAACAGUCACUUUGAGCCUCGAUACAUCCUCCUGAUUCCGACCCAAGUGGAAAAGUACGUCGAGCACCUGAAGAACCGCGACCUCUAUUCCCCCGCGCAGAUCGACCUGGCUGUGUCCCGUGUCGAGAUGUACGCAGACACCAACAGACAGCACCCGGGCUUCUUCGAUAACGUCAUCGCUUCUGACGAUUGGGAUGAAGCCUUCCAGACGCUGAAGCAGGUGGUGAAGGAAUACCUGGUGGUGGAGGAGCCGGGGAGAGAGGAGAGCGCUCGACAAACAGAGCCGGAUCCAGAGCAGUCGUCAGAGAGACUCAGGCUGACACUCGGGUCUCGCUCCGUCUCGGCCUCGGCGCUGGACCCCACACUCCUGUCCUACAGACACUACUACAGCCACAUCCAGCAGCACCUCUGCCCCCGCAAAACCCCCGCUGAGCUCUCUUCCCUGAGGAGACGUGAGGUCUUGCUGAGGGAGGCCAUCGUGGCGAAGAGUCCAGGCGUCUACAGCCGCGUCCUCAGAAGCUCAACGGAGACAGGAGCAUCAUCCCAACAGAAUCACAACCCGAACAUGAACUUAAGUGAAGAGAGCAGUAGUUCAGAUGAGUCGUGUUCCAGUUCUGUUCUGUCGGUGCCCAGUUCUGCGGGGGCCCUGUCAGCGUUAGAGCCGCCUCUGGAGACCGGCAGAGACCUGUCCAGCCCCGAGCUCACACAGCCUGGCACCGACCCCAGCACCUCCGAGAGACGCCCCGGGUCCAACAUGAAGACCGUCCUGCCCCCCAUCCUCUCCGGACGCAGGACCCCCCUCGCUCCAAGCCCCGCCCCGAGCCCCGCCCCCUCCAGCAGUCAGUGGAGUGCACAGAGACGCACAGGAGGAGAAGCUCAGCCGUUAUAGGUACAUGGGCGCGUCACUCACUCAAAUGUGGGGUUUGUCUGUGUUUUACUCACAAAAACAUAAUAUCUGUAAGAAUUUAUGGAGAAAUUGUAUUUGAAUCACUAGUUUUAAUAUAUUUUUCACCUUUUUUUUUCAAUUUUUUUACUUUUUAGAGUAGUUUUGUUGGAGUAAACCCUCACUGAUCCUGUUUUUGUCUGUUGCACUCUGGGCAGCUUAAGUUGUAUUUUAAAUGUGCUAAAUACAUAAAAUUUUAUAU